AUGGCGGUGGUGGCGGCACCCGGUCUGGACCAGUUACGCGUGGGCUUUGUUGGCGCCGGGCGUAUGGCAGAGGCCCUCGCGCAGGGCUUCAUUCGAGCAGGAAAAGUCGAAGCUCAACACAUACUAGCCAGCGCACCAAGUGACAGGAACCUCUGCCACUUCCGGGCUCUGGGCUGCCAGACCACCCACUCCAACCAGGAGGUUGUGCAGAACUGCUGGUUAGUCUUCUUUGCCACCAAGCCCCAUGUCCUGCCAGCUGUCCUGGCAGAGGUGGCCCCCGUGGUAACCCCUGAGCACAUCUUGGUGUCUGUGGCCGCCGGGAUCUCUCUGAGUACCCUGGAGGAGCUGUUGCCACCAGCCACACGGGUGCUGCGGAUCUCCCCCAACCUGCCCUGCGUGGUUCAAGAGGGCGCUAUGGUGAUGGCCCGUGGCCGCCACACUGGAAACAGCGACGCCGAGCUCCUGCAGACCCUGCUGGAGGCCUGCGGGCAGUGCGAGGAGGUGCCUGAGGCCCACGUGGACAUCCACACCGGCCUCAGUGGCAGCGGCGUGGCCUUCGUGUGUGCCUUCUCCGAGGCCUUGGCCGAAGGUGCCAUCAAGAUGGGCAUGCCCAGUGGCCUGGCCCACCGCAUUGCUGCCCAGACCCUGCUGGGCACGGCCAAGUUGUUGCUGCAGAAGGGGCAGCACCCGGCUCAGCUGCGGACAGACGUGUGCACGCCGGGCGGCACCACCAUCUAUGGGCUCCAUGCGCUGGAGCGGGGCGGGCUGCGGGCUGCCACCAUGAGCGCCGUGGAGGCUGCCACCUGCCGGGCCAGGGAGUUGAGCGGGAAGUAG